CUUUCUCUCCUUUUACUACUCUUCCAUUGCUUGUCUUACAUAUUUGUUCUUUUUUCUCCAGCUCUUGAGAUUGAGGAUUAGAGGCCAUUUCAAAUGCUGUAGCUACGAUUAGAGCCACCGCCACCGACAAGAAAAGUCCAAGAGAGGCUAUUGAAUUUGUUUUACAGCUAUUAAAGGACAAGAUUGAUGAUGAAGAGUAGAAAAAUUGAUUCUUUUUUCAAGAGGAAAGAAAGAGAUGAAGAAAAUAAUGCUUCUAUAUCAGAACCUCAAACAGUUUUAGAGAAUCCAAGAAUUGAAGAAAAUGUGAAUAGAGUUUACCCGGAUCCGGAUGACAUUGAGAAUUCUUUAGAACGUGAUCCUGGAAAACGUCCUUCAAUGUGGGAAUAUCCACUAAACCAAAUGGAUGAAAUACGGAGAGCUUAUUUGAAAUGGGGUCCAUAUCAAAUUCAAUUAGAGCAAUAUCCAUUGUCUGGUAAAGAAGACCAUAAAAGAAGAUUUCAAUAUGCUUGGUUUAGCAUUUUUCCUUCAUGGUUAGAAUAUUCACCUUCAGAAGAUGCGUCUUAUUGUUUACCAUGCUAUCUUUUUAGCAAAAGACCAAGUGGUCGUCCGGGUUCAGAUGUCUUCAUUUCUACAGGUUUUAGAAGUUGGAAGAAAGUUAGAAAUGGAAAGAAUUGUGCCUUUCUUAAACACAUAGGGAUGGAUCCUUGUUCACCACACAACAAUGCUAUGAAAGCUUGUCAAGACUUGUUGAAUCAAGAUGGGCACAUUAGGAACAUUGUUCAAGCUCAAAGUUUGAUUGACAUUAAGAAGAAUCGAUUACGUCUCAAGACUUCAAUUGACUCAGUUCGUUGGUUAACUUUUCAAGCUUGUGCUUUUAGAGGUCAUGAUGAAAGUAAAGAAUCAUUAAACCAAGGUAAUUUUCUUCAAUUGAUAAAACUCUUGGCAUGUUACAAUGAUGAAGUUGCAAAAGUUGUGUUAGAAAAUGCUCCAUCUAAUAGCAAGUAUACUUCACAUCACAUUCAAAAAGAGAUCUUGCAUAUUCUCUCAAGUAGGGUGAAAAAGCAUAUACGUGAAGAGAUUGGUGAUUCUAAAUUCUGUAUUCUUGUAGAUGAAGCUCGUGAUGAAUCUAAAAAAGAGCAAAUGUCUCUUGUUUUAAGAUUUGUUGAUAAAGAUGGUUUCAUACAAGAGAGGUUUUUUGGUCUUGCACGUGUUCAUGACACUACAUCUUUAACUCUUAAGCAAAAAGUAUGUGAUAUACUUUCUCAACAUGACCUUGAUGUUUCUAACAUUCGUGGUCAAGGAUAUGAUGGUGCUAGCAAUAUGAGAGGAGAAUGGAACGGUUUACAAGCAUUAUUUAUGAAGGAUUGUCCUUAUGCCUAUUAUGUUCAUUGUUUUGCUCAUCGGUUGCAACUUGCCUUAGUUACUGCAGCAAGAGAAGUUAAACCAAUUCAUCAAUUCUUUGAUAAGAUAACUCUUAUUGUGAAUGUUGUUUGUUCUUCUACAAAGCGCCAUGAUGAGUUACAAGCUUCUCAAUUAGAGGAAAUUGAACAUUUGUUAGAGAUUGGUGAGAUUGUAACUGGUAGAGGUGAAAAUCAAAUUGGUACUUUGAGACGUGCUGGGGAUACUCGUUGGGGAUCACACUACUCUUCUAUUUCUAGCUUGAUCAAUAUGUAUGAAGCAACUUGUACCGUUUCUAAAAAAUUUGCAAAGGAGGGAUCAAAUUAUGCUUCACGUGGAGAUGCUGAUAGUGCUUACAAUCACUUGAAGUCGUUUGAUUUUAUAUUCAUAUUGCAUCUGAUGAAAGAGAUCAUGAGUGUCACAAAUAUGCUCUGUCAAGCCUUACAACAACAAUCCCAGGAUGUAGUUAAUGCUAUGCAUUUGGUUUGUACAACAAAAACUCUUAUUCAAGAAUUGAGAGAAGAUGGUUGGGAUAAAUUGUUUACUUGUGUGAAGUCUUUUUGUGAAAAGCAUAAUAUUGAGAUUCCUGAUCUUGAUGAUGUUCAUUCAACAACAAGAUUUGGUCGUUCUCGUCUUGAAGAGAAUCAGGUAACCAUUGAGCAUUAUUUUAGAGUUGAAAUAUUUUUUACUACCAUUGACAAACAACUACAAGAGUUGAAUAGCAGAUUUAGUGAGCAAGCCAUUGAUUUGUUAACUCUAAGUUGUGCUUUAUCUCCCAAGGAUAACUAUAAGGCUUUUAACUUUGAUAUUAUUUGCACUCUAGUUGAAAAAUAUUAUCCUAUGGACUUUAAUGAGCAAGAGAGAAUUAAUUUGCAAUUUCAACUUCGACAUUUUAUUAUUGACGCUCGUCAAGCAACGAGUUUGAAGAAUUUAUCAACUAUUCAAGACUUGUGUUCCUCUAUGGUUGCAACUAGAAAGAAUGAAAUUUACUAUUUGAUUGAUAGAUUGGUCCGCCUUGUCAUGACUCUUCCUGUAUCUACGGCCACUACUGAAAGAUCUUUUUCGGCAAUGAAAAUUAUCAAGACAAGAUUGAGAAGUAAAAUGGAAGCUGAUUUUUUAGGAGAUAGCAUGAUGAUUCACAUUGAAAGAGAAAUUGCUGCAAACAUUGAUUCUGAGACUAUUAUUGAUGAUUUCAAGCUACUCAAAGAACGUAGAGCAUUGUUAUAAGGUAUUUUUAAGUUACACACUUUGAAAAUUUCAUGUUCAGCUUUAUGUUUAUUAUAACUUAAAUAUUUUAUAUACAUUAUGGUAUGAAUAUUUGAUCUAUAAAUUAUAAUUUAAUUUUGUG